CAACAACAACAAAAAAAAACAUGUUGCACAGGCAGUACAGUGUUUAUAGCUCAUUCACUGUCCAUGGUGCUGAAGUGCUGCUCUGCACUGAGACACUUCUUAUUUGAGGUCUUCGGGUGAGCUGGUUGGAUUUAGUUUUAUAAUUUGGUGACUGAUUGUGACACCUUUUUCAGAGAGACAAACGGCACGUUCAUUUCGAAGUGAUUUUGCAAUGAUCUACAGUAUAUUUAAAUCAGGUUAAUUACCAGAAAACACACGACACACCCGUGUUCAUUUUGUAUGUUCUCUCUAUCUUUCCCUUUCUCUUUAAUCAGGCAAGGGUUGAUGGUCUUACUGUUUACCAACAGAAAAGAGAACAAACUAGGCAUAUGUUUUCUGGUAGUUCUCCAUAUUGAUGAAUUUAUUUAUUUAUUUUUAUUAUUAUUUGGAUUAGAAUCAGCAAUCAUGGACGCAUUUUUGUGACAAACAUGCCAUAACAUAGAAACUAGCCAGUUGUUGUUUAAGUUUCUUAUUUUAUCCUCUAAGUGACGCUGUUGCCUGAAAAACAACUUCUACUGUGCAUUGUGAGGCAGUGCUGUUCCCUCCUCUCUUACUGCGUUUUACAUGAGGGGGUGAUCUGUGUUUCACACAAGCUGGAGCUCAUCGGACACUCACAGUUGGUUAGCACUUUUGUCACUAUUCAGAAAUUUGACCUGGAAUGUAUGCGUUUUCCAGACUGAGUUGAAAUAUUCACUCUAUUGUUCGGUUUGCUUAAAGACCCUGUUUUCACAUGGCAUCUAAAAAACAACACCGAGACAGUGCUGCAAGAUGGCGAUUUCGAGGGCCAGUGUGCCUGUUUCUUUUUCAGUUUCUUUUUCUUAAUCAAGCGGAGGCACAGAUUCGUUAUUCUAUACCAGAGGAGAUGAAGAAAGGGUCCCUUGUUGGAAACGUCGCACAAGAUCUUGGUUUGGAUCUGAAAAGGCUCCGUUCUGGCCGGGCCCGUAUCGUGACCGGAGAGAACAUCCAGUACACCGAGCUGAAGGCAGACAAAGGGACUUUGGUCGUGAAUGAGAGAAUAGACCGAGAGCUGCUUUGUGGAGACGUGACACCGUGUAGCUUUACCUUUGAGAUUUUAUUGGAAAAACCGAUGGAGUUACACCCUGUAACAAUAGAAGUAUUGGAUGUAAACGACAACGCUCCCACUUUCCAAAACAGCCACUUGGAAUUUGAAAUAAGCGAAUCAACUGCGCUUGGUUCCCGUUUUGUUUUAGAGAGUGCAGACGAUGCUGAUGUCGGGGAAAACGGUCUACAGAACUAUAUUUUAACUCCGAACGACGAUUUUAUUUUGAAACAACAUGUUUAUCCGGACGGCAGUAAAUAUGUCGAAAUGGUCCUUCAGAAACCCUUAGACAGAGAACGACAGCCACGCCUGUCUUUAAAACUGUUGGCUGUGGACGGCGGAAAUCCACAAAGAUCUGGUACAGUAAAUAUAGAUGUCAAUAUUCUAGAUGCUAAUGAUAACGCUCCUACAUUUAAUCAGUCUGUAUAUAAAGCCACCGUGAUUGAAAAUUCACCAAAAGGUACUCACAUUGUUACUGUAAAUGCAAGCGACAUAGACAGUGGCUCAAAUGGAAAGGUGACGUAUUCCUUUUCAAAAUCUAAAGCAGGAAUAGCUGAUUUCUUCGACAUAGAUGAAAUCACUGGAAAAAUAUAUGUGGCAAAGGAAAUUGAUUUUGAGAAAGACAAAAAAAUUGAAUUCAGGGUUGAAGCUAAAGAUCAAGGAGGACUGACAGAUUCUAGCAAAGUGGAAAUUGAUGUUAUCGAUGUAAAUGAUAAUGCUCCCGCCAUUAAUGUCAUGUCAUUCACCAGUCCUGUGUCAGAAGACUCCCCUGUUGGUACCACCAUUGGCAUAAUUAAUGUUAAAGAUAUUGAUUCGGGUGAAAACGGGCAAGUAAGGUGCUCGAUCGAAGGCAAUGUUCCUUUUAAAAUCAAAUCCAAUUUAAGAAAUUAUUACGCAUUGAUGACUGAUGCUGCAUUAGAUCGUGAAACUCUGUCAGAAUGUAACAUCACUGUUGUUGCCUCAGACGCAGGAUCGCCUCGACUCUCAACUAAAAGAACCUUUUAUCUGAAGAUUUCUGAUGUCAAUGAUAAUGCUCCAGUGUUUCCACGAGGGCUUUAUAGUGCAUUCAUUCCAGAGAAUAACUCUCCAAGUGUGUCUGUACUGAGUGUUAAUGCUAAAGACCCAGACGAAAACCAGAACUCACGUGUUUCCUAUAUUUUAGAAGACUGUGAGAUCGGCGGAUCUCCAGUUUCUGCAUAUGUUUCUGUGAAUGCAGAAAGUGGAGUAGUUUAUGCAGUGCGCUCAUUUGAUUAUGAACAAAUCAAACAUCUCUUUUUUGUCGUCAGAGCGCAGGAUGGAGGCUCUCCUCCACUCAGUAGUAAUGUGACUGUAAAAAUAAUGGUCCAGGACCAGAACGACAACCCUCCUCAGGUUCUGUACCCAGUCCAGACUGGUGGCUCUCUGGUGGAUGAAAUGGUUCCUCGUUCAGCAGAUGUGGGCUAUCUGGUCACUAAAGUGGUGGCUGUUGAUGUGGACUCUGGACAGAAUGCCUGGCUCUCCUAUAAACUGCAGAAAGCCACAGACAGGGCGCUGUUUGAAGUGGGCUUACAGAAUGGAGAAAUAAGAACUAUCCGCCAGGUCACUGAUAAAGAUGCUGUGAAACAAAGACUGACUGUUAUAGUGGAGGACAACGGGCAGCCCUCUCGUUCAGCUACAGUCAUUGUUAACGUGGCGGUGGCGGACAGCUUCCCUGAAGUGCUGUCGGAGUUCACUGACUUUACACACGACAAGGAGUACAAUAACAACCUGACUUUUUACUUAGUGCUGGCUUUGGCUGUAGUUUCCUUCCUCUUCAUCACGUGUUUAGUGGUUAUUAUAUCAGUGAAAAUCUACAGAUGGAGACAGUCUCGCAUCCUGUAUCACUCCAACCUCCCUGUGAUUCCAUAUUAUCCACCACGUUACUCAGACACUUUGGGGACAGGGACUCUCCCACACGUGUACAACUACGAGGUGUGCAGGACGACUGACUCCAGAAAGAGUGACUGUAAGUUCGGCAGAGCUGGUAGUCAGAACGUGCUGAUAAUGGACCCCAGUUCUACAGGGACGAUGCAGCGGAUACAGAGUGAGAAGAGCAUCCUGGAUGAACCAGACUCUCCUCUUGAGGUUAGUUAAAUUAUUUCACUUUGUCUUUGCUCUCUGUGUUUUAUAGUUGGAUUGGUCGCGUUCCCUUUCAGCACCAUGGACAGCAUCUCAGUCAGUUUGUGUCACUUGAUAGUGAGCA